AUAUAUAUACACACACACAUUGACAACACAAGACACAUUGCCUUCAAUCUUUUCCUUCUCUCAAAAGACUCUUCUUUCUUCUCUUUAUUUAUUAUUUUUUGAAGGAUUCACAAUGAGUGAAGAUCCCAAGAGAAUAUGGAUAGUGUUAAUGUGUGUGAUGGUGUUAAUGUUGAGUUUAUUAGGGGAUAAUUAUGGGAUUAAAGCAGAACCACAAGUUCCUUGUUACUUUAUAUUUGGUGAUUCAUUGGUGGAUAAUGGGAAUAACAAUGUGAUUAGGUCAUUGGCUAGAGCUGAUUAUUUGCCUUAUGGUAUUGAUUUCGGUGGACCAACUGGCAGGUUCUCCAAUGGUAAAACUACUGUUGAUGUCAUUGCUAGGCUUUUGGGGUUCGAUGAUUAUAUUCCACCGUAUGCAAGUGCAAGGGGUCGAGAGAUACUGAGGGGUGUCAAUUUUGCAUCUGCUGCUGCUGGAAUUAGAGAUGAAACUGGCCAACAUUUGGGAGGAAGGAUAAGUUUUUCAGGUCAGGUAAACAAUUACAGGAACAUAGCUCAACAAAUAGUGAGAAUAAUAGGAGAUGCAAAUUCAGCUGCAAAUUAUUUGAGCAAAUGUAUUUACUCAAUUGGAGUUGGAAGCAACGAUUAUCUCAACAAUUACUUCCUGCCUCAAUACUACUUAACUAGUAGACAAUACAAUCCUCAACAAUAUGCCGAUGUUCUUAUCCAACAAUACACUCAACAACUAAAGACAUUACACAACUAUGGAGCAAGGAAGUUUGUGUUGAAUGGAGUGGGCCAAAUUGGAUGCAGCCCAAAUUCUUUGGCCCAAAACAGCCCAGAUGGCAGAACUUGUGUUCAAAAUAUUAAUGUGGCAAAUCAAUUAUUCAACAAUAAGCUGAGGGCACUUGUGGAUAAUUUAAACAGAAAUACACCAGAUGUCAAAUUAAUCUACAUCAACGCUUAUGGAAUUUUUCAAGAUUUAAUUGAUAAUCCAAGAGCUUUUGGAUUUAGCGUGACGAAUGCUGGAUGUUGUGGAGUAGGACGGAAUAAUGGGCAAAUAACAUGUCUUCCAUUUCAAAUUCCAUGUCAACACAGAGAUGAAUAUUUAUUUUGGGAUGCAUUUCAUCCAGGUGAAGCUGCUAAUAUAGUUGUUGGGAGAAGAUCUUAUAGAGCUGAAAGGCCAACUGAUGCAUACCCUUUUGAUAUUCAACGUUUAGCACAAUUGUGAAGAAAAAAUAAGAUGGUUAAAUAUAUAUCAAUUAAAAUCUACAUUCUAAACAAUUUGUUAUUAUAUAUGCCUAUCACUAAUAUAUAUUUAUUCAAGUUAUUUUUAUAUAUCGCUGUAUUCUAUUUUUCGUGUCGUAUUUUUGUUCUUUAUAUGAAAAUCAAAUAUUUUGUUUCUCGUA